AUGGAUCACUUUCUCCAAACUUGGAUAGCCAUGCUCCUUGUACCCUCCAGAUAUACUGAGAUAGAACUGAACUUGGAAUUCGCAAGCGAUGAAUUUGACGGUACUCUUCGAAAUUUGGCUCUUCAUUCGCUUUGGUACGCUGACCGACAGUCUCGCACCGCCUAUACCCCGGUGGUUAUCGUGAACAAAGUCUUAGAGAGCCACAUUCUAUUUGAUGGGCCACGUUUGAUGCUUUUCGUUGACUCUAAUGGAAUUAUCUAUCCUACUGGGGCAAGUCAGAAGCACAGCCAGGUAGUCCGGAUGGUGGAUCAAGUUCACUAUAUGAUGGGCCAGAUUGCAAGUGCUAGACCAAGAUCCCGGGUGCAGAAUAUCGACCUUGUCAGCCAGGCCGAACUGCAGACCUUGAAGGCUUGGAAUGGGCAACCACUGCCCUUAGCAGAUAAGUAUCUCCACCAGCUUGUUCUCGACACCGCCAAGCUCUGGCCCGAAAGGAAGCAAUGA